AUGGGAAACAUGUCAAGCGAGAAGACACUACAAAACAACAAGCAUGCAGAUGACCUCGGCGAAGGCGCUAUGCAACAGAUUCAAGAGUGCUCUGCCUUUUCAUCCACCGCAGAGAAACGUCUCGUUCGAAAGAUUGACAUUAUGAUCCUCCCGAUCAUGACAUUUGCCUGCAUGAUGGCCUUUCUGGACAAACAAGCCCUCAGCUACACGGCCAUCAUGGGCCUGCGGACGGAUCUCAACCUCAAGGGAUCCGAGUAUAGCUGGUCAGGCAGCAUAUUCUACUUUGGCUAUCUGUUCUUCUCAUAUCCGGCCUCGAUACUCAUGGUCAAGUUUCCACUGGGAAAGUAUCUGGCCUGCAACUUGUUUGUCAUUCUUCCUAAACGUCUAGGGCUUAUCCUGACAAUGAACAGCAUGUUAUGGGCUAUUGUUCUCGCUUGCCAUGCCGCCACGACUAAUUUCGCCGGGCUUAUGGUGGCACGUUUCUUCCUGGGAUGCACCGAGGCGAGUGUCUCCAGUGGUUUCAGUCUGAUUACUUCGCUGUGGUAUCGGACGUCUGAGCAACCUCUCCGGCAUGGAAUCUGGUUCUGCGGGAAUUCCAUUUCGAUGAUCAUAGGGAAUCUUGUUGCAAUGGGGAUCUGGCAAAUCAAGACUGGCCUGCAGCCGUGGAAGUGGCUAUUCAUUAUCUUCGGCAUCGUCACCUUCCUCUGGGGCAUCCUCAUGUUCUUCCGUCUCCCCGACACGCCCAAUACAGCCAGCUUUCUCACAGAGGCAGAGAAGCUCCUCGCCACCGAACGUCUCAAAGCCAACAAUGCCGGUUACAAGCGCAAUAAGAUCGACACCUCCCAAAUCAUCGAAGCCUUCAUCGACCCCAAAACCUGGCUGCUGGCCCCUCAUUCUUUACGGCUUCGGCUUCUCAACCUUCAAGACCUUGCUGCUGGGUAUGCCCGUUGGCGCUGUAAUCCUCGUCUUCGUCUUACUCUCCUCCACCAUAUCCUCCAGAAUCCACAACUGCCGCUGCAUCGUCAUCGCCGCAGUAGGCUGUAUCAGCAUCCUAGGCAGCGCCCUUGUCUACGCCACCGAGUCCAUCGCCGCGCGGUACGCCGGCCUCCUUCUCAUGGGGGUGUACUCGGUCAGCAUGCCCCUGAGCCUGGCAAUGGUUGCUUCGAAUAUCGGCGGGUUCAGCAAGCGGGCGACUGUCAGCGCGAUCUAUUUCGUCAUGUAUUGCACGGGGAAUAUUGUUGGGCCGCAGUUGUUCUAUGA